AUGUCUUCAGAGGCGGAUUUUUUAGAGUUAGCGGCUGUGUUCCGAAGGAUGAUCGAAGGAGACGGAUUCUCACCGGUGAAUUUUACUUCAGCCGGAGAAGCCGGCGAGGGCGGUGGUUCGGUGAUCCAGAGAGUAGUAGUGAUCAGAUCGCCUGUCGGACUCGAGGAUUUUUUAAACGGCGACGUUUCUGAGAAACAGGGGAGAUCUCCCGCGUCGAAAUCGUCGGUGGAGAGUAUGCCACGUGUCGUGAUCGGAGAAGACGAGGAGAUAGGAAAAGGAGGGUGUUCGAUUUGUCUUGACGAGUGGUCGGUAGGUGACGUGGCGGCGGAGAUGCCUUGUAAGCAUAAGUUUCACUCGAAGUGUGUGGAGGAGUGGCUGGGGAGACACGCCACGUGUCCGUUGUGUAGGUACGAGAUGCCUGUUGAGGAAGUUGAAGAAGAGAAGAAAGUUGGGGUUUGGAUUGGACUCUCUGUUGUUAGUGACGAUGAUGCAAACCCUCCAGAUGGAACAGAGGCUUAG